UAAUAUUUUUAAAAAUCGAUUAUGCUUUCAUAUAUAAAAUAAUAACAUCGACAAAGCUUAUAUUUCAUUUAUGAAACUAGUUAUUCAAACUGUCAAUUUCACUUCCGUUUUACCAGGCGCAAGCCUUUUCGUGGAUAACGAGAAAUGCCUUUUCAAAGGUUCGUCGAAACAGGCCGCGUGGCCGUUAUUGCGGACGGUCCAUUUAAAGGACGGCUCGUUAGCAUCGUGGACGUUAUAGACCAAACCAGGGUGUUAGUAGAUGGCCCAGAGACAAAUGUACCUAGAGGUCAAAUUAGGUUAAGCCAGCUACACUUGACCAAAUUUAGGAUUAAGUUUCCAUUUGCUGCAUCAACUCGAGUUGUACGUAAAGCGUGGAAAGAAGGCAACAUCCAGGAAAAAUGGGAAAACUCUGUGUGGGCCAAAAAAGUUGCUGCUAAAGAAAAGAGGGUGGAACUGUCCGAUUUUGAUAGGUUCAAGCUGAGGAGGAUGCGUUCUCGCAGAAAUAAAAUUCGUACAGCCACCUUCCUCGCUUUAAGGAAAGCUGCAUCGAGAAAUGGCACUUUGUAUGGCAAGAAAAAAAUGGCAAAGGGUGGGGAUAAGCCUAAGCCAUCUAAAAAAGCAAAGCCCGAGAAGAAAGUGGCCACACCCAAGAAAAAAUAAAAUAAUUUUUAAAUAAAGUUUAUUACAAAGU